AUGAAAAAUGGCGUAUAUUUAUUAUUAGGACUGAUGGUAAUAAUUAGAAGUAGUCAUGGAAUCCAAGACAACAAUCCAUUUUGCAAAUACAACGAUACCGAAACCAAUUUGACAGCCAAUUGUUAUCAUAAAGCUGAUAUCGUACCCUUUGGCCUAUCAAACUACAUACCUUUGGGUAAUCUAUCAAGGAGCAUUACGUUUUUAACCUUUCAAACAAUCUCUAACGAUCAAACAUGGCACAUCUUCAGUACAAAUUACUUUUCAAGAUUCAAGAAUUUAUCAACGCUGCGAAUUCACGGCGCUAUGAGUUUUUCUCCCGAUCUAAGUCGAGAUAAGUUGACAGAAAAAUUAUUCAACGUACCAACUUUGAAAGAAUUGGUCCUAUCGUACAACGGAUUCAAUAGCAACUAUCAUUUAUGGAUAUUACCGACACAACUAAGAAAUCUGACCGUCACAGGGUACGGUUACAGCGAAUUUAGUCUCAAACAGAACCCAUUUUUGAAAUCGAUCAACUUUCAUCAAACCUCUUUAGUUUCGAUGCCCGAACUCUCCGAUCCUCCUCCACCUCUCGAAGUAGUGGAUUUUCGAAACAAUCCGCUGCUCGAAAUCAACGUCGAUAAGAUCGCUUUAUUCUGUCGAGCCGAAAUGUUAGCUUUGGAUGCUGAUAACUUGUUGACUCCUCAAAUGUACUGCGAAUGUGACAGAAUAAAGAAAUGGAUCAAGUUGAUUCUUAACCAACCGGAAACGAACAUCUUCAAUAAGACGCUCAAUUGUUCCAAACCAGCCACGGAAGAUCCGCUGCGGUGUCAAAAUUAUACCCUAGACAAAGCUAAACAAAACAGAGAACUUUGUCUGCAGUUAUCGACUUCAGAUCUCGUAAAUAUACAACCAGCGAAUCAGCCUAGCGGAUCACUACGAGAUUCACUUAUCAUCAUAGGCAUCGUAGGUGCAAUACUCGCAAUAUCUAUUGUAGUGGGCGCCGUCAGCUACGCAUAUUUUUCACGUCCUCCACCGGAGACCUUUAUGGUGGCAGCAAAACAGGAGGAUGAAAAAGAACCCGAAGAUACGGACGAUGAAUUAGAACCAGAAAUGUCCGACGAUGAAGACGAUCGUAAAAAAGAUAUUUAUGAAGAUGAUCGUAAAAAAGAUAUUUUCAUUUGA